AUGAUACCGGUGCUUGUAACAGUUUCUUCUGGAAAAUUCGACAAUCCUGAAUCGACUAAAACUGUUUCGAUGAUUUUUGUUCACUGCUUUUUGACUUGUUUACAAAUAUUGCAUAUGAUUACUUCUGAUAAAACAAAUGCUCGAAUUUAUGAUAUAUUAGUGAUGAUUACUGUGGGAUUGUGGUGUUUGUUGGUGAGUAAUAUGUGUCAGGUCUGAUCGGAAUUGAGUUAUUGGAACUUUGGAAUUCUGAUUCUUCAUAAAGAUGUCUAUGGGAAACUCUCUUCUAUUUGAGCCUAAUUUAAGUCAUAGCCGAGCCAACGACAAAACCCGUGAAUCUGAAUGUGAGAUUGAUAGAAACGAGUUUUGUUUCCGACAUGUUUUUUCGUGAACUUUAAAAAAAGAUCAGUUACACCAAUUCCGAUCAGGCCUGAGCAACAACCUCUGAAAUAAACUUCCAGCUUCAUAGCUGCGUUGCAUCGUGGUACCAACACGGAAUGGAAGAAGCUAAUCUACCGGAUCAAGACAAAAAUCGUAAAGCGUUCGCUCUCUCCCACAUGAAACGACUCGCAGAGCGCAUCAAUUUUCUUUUUUCUUCCUUGUUACCAGAAUGAUCAUUUAUGUUAUUAUGAUUAUAACUGUUGCAAUAUUUGAACACAGUUUUCUGGGAGUUCGAAUUUACUACAGAGCUAUGGGAUGUGCUUCACUUGUUGAAGUAGUCGUUAUGCUUUUUCGUGAUUUCUUUAUCAGAAAGAAAAAUGUAUGAUUUCUUGAUUAAGAACAAUAUAUAAGGAUUUUAUUACAGCAAGUAUUACCAUUAGUUGUGAUGUAUCCACCAAGCAGUUCAAAUUAGAUUUUUAUAUGGAUUCAAUUCUUCCAAUUUUUCUUUAUUUUUUUGUUUAUCUAAAAAGAACAUUCAGAAAAAGUUCCUUAAUUUUUUUCACUUAUUCGUUUUCAUCGAAGUCAAUACCUGAGAUACUUCAAAAAUAAUUCUAUCUUGUUUCUCUAACGUUUCUUUUUUCAGCUAACUGGUUAAGGAAAUUGAAAAUGAACUGCACUUUGAGUGUUUUCAGUCAUUAUAAUCAUGGUUGUUCUUUCUGGGACAACGCGAAACCAUAUGCUCCAUAUGCAAUUGUUGCCUCGAUAUAUCUUUUUGAGUUAAUCAUCUGGAUCACCGUCAAAUCUGUCAUCUUCUUCGGAUUGUUUCUCAAACUCACGGCAUUUUAUAUUCAUCACUAUGUUGUCAAAGAUGGUUGUUUGAUUCCUGAUUCUGAGUUUACUGAAUUAAUGAUAAAAUUUUUAGAAACAAUGCAUCAAAUCGAAAAAAUAUUGAAGGAUUGUGCUGAAAACAUCUACAUCUUCUCAUCCUUAUUCAUCAUGUUCCCAAUAAUUGUGGCUGUCGCAACAAGGAAGUCAAAAACAGUUUACCGUGCUCGAGUUUUUCUAAUUCAUACUGUUUUGGUAUUCUUACAAUCUUGGCAAACUCUUUCUUCGGAAAACUUGGAUGCAGGAAUACCCAAAGCGUUUUUUAUGAUUGUGACGUCACUUGUUUCUUUUGCGGUGAGUGAAACGAUUAUAAAUAUUUAUAGAUAUGUAUAUGAUAAAACAUUUCAGUGUUUCCCUCUAAUUAGCAAAAUCUUCAAAGAAAUCGAACUUCGAACAGAAUUGGCAUCGCAUUUCUCGGAUCGUUAUAGAUUCGGUGAAAGCCAUAUCAAACCAUUCAGAGCACGCCUUCAAUUUCUUCCAUUCUAUGUUGUGAUGAAACUCGUGUGCUUUUCUGUUGCAUUUGUCAUUUUGUUUGUUACUACUAACUUACAGUUGAUUUCUGAGGCUCAGUGCGACACUAUGUGCUCUGCAUCAUUUGUCGAAGGAGGUUGUUUGAUUAUACACGCAUGUGUUGCUUGGGUCAAUCGGAGAAAGGUUUGUUUUUAUUGAAAUCUUGACUAUCAGAAUCAGAUGGUUUACAGAAAAUAAGUCGUGUUGUGCCAAUAAAUACGAGCACUUCAACAACAAGCAAAUAA